AUGGGGCAUAAAGGGGGUUUCGAAGCACUAAACAGAACUCUAAAAGAUAUCAGAGGGAACGAUGACAUGAUGGGUGGAGUCACCGUGUUGUUAGCUGGAGACUUCCGUCAGACUCUGCUGAUAGUGCCGAGGGGAACUCGAGCUGACGAAGUUAAGGCUUGCAUUAAGGCCUCAAAUCUUUGGCCCUUAGUUAAAAUCUCUACCUUAAGAAAAACAUGCGAGUGUACUUGA